GCUGACGGGGCGUAUUUCUUUAACUUACAGUGGUGCCCUGCUCUGCAAAUGCAAGUCUCUUUUCAGCUUUCGUACUGGGGGAGGGUUGCACAGAAGUCGCUUGGCCUGUCAACGUUGUGGCAAUGCUAAUUGCUUGGCCCCAACAGCACCCUAUCACCCAGUACCUUAGCAGUGCAGUCUAAUCAAGGCAAUCCUACCGCUCGUAUCUUUCUCCUUCGGCAUAAAGGCUCACCCAGUCGCCCCUCUUUUUUUUUUCCCAAUCUCUCUCUUCCUCCCAAAAGCUCUCUCAUCUUCAUUUUCGCCCCACGCAAUUCAAUGACUCCCAGCAGCGUCACUUCGCUGCUCCCACCUCAAUUAUGACGGGCCGGGUUCCCAAUGUCUGGGCCGCCAUAAUCAUCCCCGUGCCCGCGAGCGCGCUCGCGUUGAUUCUGAGGAUCAAGGCGAGGCGCAUGACUAAGAUGGGCGUUGGUUAUGACGAUGCCUUGUCAAUCGCAGCUUGGUUUGUGGCCCUUGGCUAUGCAAUUCUUCUCAUCGUGUGGACUGUAUGUUUCUACAUGGGUCGCAAAAUCGGUCACUUCCCCGAAGAAAAGAUCGAUCACAUUCUUGAGAAAUCACAUGAGAUUCUCUUCGCCAGCGAGAUCCUGUACUCGUGGUCAAUCUUUCUCAGCAAGAUGGCCGUGCUUACCUUUUACCGUCGCAUCUUUCAGUUCUCGUCUAUACGCGUGCCCAUCAUUAUCUUGAUGGUAUGCUGUGGAUGCUGGAUCACCAUCCGGACGUUCAUGACCAUCUUUCAUUGCAUGCCUGUGCAAGCAUAUUGGGAUAAGUCGAUUGAUGGGAAGUGCAUGAAUAAUAUUGGGAAGUAUUAUCUUGGGACUGAUUUGACGCAUUGUUUGAUGGAUUUCAUUAUUCUUGCUUUGCCGCUGUUUGAGGUCGUGAGGAUGAAGUUGAUAUUUGGGCAAAAGAUUGCUGUCAUCGGUAUUUUCAGUCUUGGUUCACUGGUCGGUAUUGCAUCCAUCUUUCAGAUCGUUGAAGCGCAGAAAUACACCUCCAACUCACGAGAAUUCCCCUACGACUUCUCCCUCGCAAUGGUCUGGGCCAACGUCGAAGUCCACCUCGCCGUCUUCACCAGCUGCCUCGCUCUUCUCCGCCCCAUAUUCCGCAAAUUCAUCCCAGGCCUAUCCUCCGGCAACACCACCUAUCCCACCAACGGCCUCAGCCACGCCAGCAACACCUACACCAACUCCAUCGCCCUCCGCCGCUCCCGCAGCCCUAGGGACGUCGAGGAAGUCAUUGAGGGACAGCGUGCGUACGCCUAUCUGGACUACGACGCAAUCAGCUUACCAGGCGCCAAAGAGGUCAACUCCAUCUCGCGACUGCAGCAGCGUGAACAUCAUACACCCAGCAUGACUGAGUCUGGCGGUAGAGGUUCCAUGUCGUCGCAGAAUAGUGUCCGAUGAUGAGAUUUUCCUUGUGAACUGUGAUAUUGAUACCUUGAGCCUUUUUGUUUUAUGUAUACCUCUGUGUGUUUUGACUCAUCUUGAGGUGAGUUUUGUAAUCAUUGAGAAGAGAUGAAUUGCGUGUCUAACUAUUAUACAGCUUUGUUGAUUGAUACCCCCCAUUUCAUUUAUCAGCGUUCAGUACUGGAUAUUCUGGAAGUUGCCAGUUGGCGAUCUUGGAAUCAAGACCCAUUCCUUGAUCUAGCUUGAACCACGAUGCCAUUCUUGCCAACGUGUGAAGUAUCUGCACUCCAAAUUGCGUCUUUGGCGCAAAUACUGCUCUAGCGAAUGCGCUCUGGUCGCCCUGCAGAGACGUCGCUAUUGGUCGAAAGACUUCCUCAUAUCUCUUGACACCCUGUACGACUCCUUUGCUGGGAUCUUGAUUGUACAGAGUCGCUACUUCGCCAGCGAGUAUGUACGAUCCGACGAUACCCCAUGUUGUUCCAAAGCCAUUUGCAGUCUGAGCAUGCGCUGCGUCGCCGAGGGUUACGACACGUCCUCUGGACCAUGAUCCCGGAGGUAGUCGAACUUCUUGGCAGGGCGUGGAGUAGAGAUCAUCUGCAUCUGGAGAAUUCUUCAACGCAUCCAUGAACCGACCACUUUCCCAUUUUCCGUCUGCGAACACAUCCGCCCAAGCAGCCUUGAGAUCAUCCAGCUUUCCCGACUUGUGCGCCGCUGCAAGGCCCUCAUUCUGACUCUGUAUGUUCAUGUACACACGUGUCAUCUCCGGGUUAUCCUUUCUUGUACCGAGCCAGCGUGAGCCAGGCAAAUGGCAGAAUGUGAAGCGGUUUGUAUCGUGCGGUUUCGACAAAGCGCUGAAGAAGCCGAUAUAACCACCAAGGAAAUGUCGUGGAUCUGGAGCAUCAGGUCCAAGCAUGAGUUGUCGUGUCCUCGAACCCGUCCCAUCAGCCGCGACGACGAGAUCAAAGUCGUCUUUCUGGCCAUCAUCAAACCCAACAUGGACCUUUCCAUUCGGAUCACUCUCAUCAUCCUGCGUCAAGCUCGCAACACUUGUUCCGAAGCGAUGCUUCACAUUCUUCUUCCCCUCUGUGAGCCCCAACAGAAUAUUGACAAGAUCACCACGCAUAAUCUCAUAUUCCGUCGUGACACUCUGAUUCCCAGUGCCACUCUCAAUCGUCGGGAAAAACGCCUUUGUUCGACCAUUUGUGUCAAUGAGCUGUGUUCCGACUUCAUGAACAUGCUUAGCGCGUAUCGCAGGCUCAAUACCCAUUUUCUUCAUGACCGCCACGCCUUGGUGGCGAAGAUCAAGCUGUUGACCUGUUGUUCUGGCUUUGGGGGAGCGCUCAAUGAGGGUGAUUUCUGCGCCGGUGCGGGAGAGCCAGUGGGCUACUGAGGGACCGGCGAUGCCUCCGCCUACAACGAGGACUUUGAGGGUGGACAUUUUAUAGAAAUAGUGGGAUACGAAUGACGAAGAAUUGAUCUGAUAACUUUAUUUGCGAUACGAGUCUAAAUACACAGUGAUAUCGGUGAUUUGAUCCGGCAUUUUUGAGGUGAAUGGCCCGUCUUACGCCAAAACACCGAGAUAAUCGUGCAGCCAACACGCAAUGUUUCGCAAAAUGCCACUCAAUUCAGCCACAGACUAUAAGAUCGGGGCUUUUGACCCGUCAAUUGCGUUGUCGGAUCUAAGGCUUA